UGAUAGAUAAAAAAGUUUUUCAGAUAAAAACAAAAACAAUUUUUACUGCUUUUAAAUAUGGAAAUGCUUUAUAGAAUUUGAAAUACUUAUUUGUAUACACCAUGCAACUAUUUUUCCAAGGAAACUUCUUCUAGAUUCUUUUUUUUUAUAACAUAAUUACUGCUGUGGGAAGCUGUACUACUACGAUUGGAACUGUUUUUUGCGAAGAUCAAUUGCUUUUUUAUACAAGGAUUGUGGCAUAACACCUCUUAUAUUAGCGUGUCGUGAUAACAAUGAAGCAGAAGUUGAUAAACUUUUAAAAGCUGGAACUAAUGUUGAUGCAAUCGAUAGUGAUGGACGAACAGCAUUGUUUUAUUCUGUAACAUCUUCAUCUUUAACUAUUGUGAAGACAUUGCUAUCUGCAAAAGCUAAUCCUUUCAUUGUAGCAGGAUUGUAUAAACGAAAUUGCUUGCACCAAGCGUGUAAACGAGCAAAAAAUGCAGUUGAAGUUGUUCAAUUACUGUUGCAAAUAAUGGGAGAUGAAUCUAAGCUUGCGCAAGAUAAAGCUGGUUUUAUAGCUUUGCAUUUAGCUGUCAACACAGGCAAGCACGAUGUUUGCAGAGUACUACUUUCAACAUACUCAAAAGAACAACUUUAUGCUGCAACAAGUGACUACGGUGACACAGCUUUUCAUUUAGCUGCACGAAAAAAAGACUUAAAUAUUUUAAAAAUGUUAGUGGAAGCAGAAACAAAUAUCAAUCAAGUUAAUAUAGAAGGACAAACUGCUCUUCACAUUGUAGCAGCUGAAGGUGAUUUAGAUUCGUUGGAAUAUUUAAUAAAUGUAAAUGCUUUAGGAAACAUCAAAGAUAAGAGAAAUCAUACACCACUACAUAUUGCUACAGAAAUAGGUAACAUGGAAAUUAUUGAAAUGCUUGUUGAGAAAUAUACAAUGGAUUUAAAUCAACGUUCAAAGGAUGGAAGUACUUUGGUUCAUUUGGCAGCAAAGUCUGGACAUCCUCAUAUAUUACUGUAUUUUAUUCAGAAAGGAGUUGCUGUUAGAACUCCUAAUUGUGAAGGAGCUGAAGCUCUACAUGAAGCAUGCAAGCAAGGGCAUGUGGUUGUUGCGCAAAAACUGAUUGAGUGUGGUGCAAAAGUAGAAAAAUACACUAAAGAUAAUUACACUCCCCUGCACACUGCUGUUCGUUUUGGAAAAUACGAUGUGGCACAAGUUCUUAUUGGAGCUGGUGCUAAUGUUAAUGCUCUCGGAGGACCUAAAAAUGAAAGUUCACUGCAUUUUGCUGCAAAACUAACAAGGUAUUCUGAAAAACUAACUGAGCUGUUAUCAAGAAGUGGAGCCAACAUAGAUAUUAUAAACUCUGAUGGUGAUACAGCUUUACAUGCUGCUGUUCGUGCAAGAAAUUAUCCAGUUAUUAAAAUUCUUCUUGAAGAAGGAGCAUCUGUUAUUAUUAAGAAUUCAGCUGGUGAAACACCCAUCCAUUUAUCUAUUUUGAGUAUGUCAGUCUCUGGUUUGUUAGUUUUAAUUGAUGAAAUGAAGAGAAUCAUGGCUGAAGAUGACUUUCGAUUGUAUAUUAACAGCAAAAAUAAGCACGGAGAAACUGCUCUUCAUUACUGUGCACGAAUCCCACCUAAAAAUGAAAAUCAAGCCAUUUACAAUGAUCUUAUCAAGUUAUUAUUAGAUAAUAAUGCAGAAUCGAAUAUACCUACUUUAGAGACUAAUGAAACCCCAAUACAUUAUUGUUGCCAGAAUGGUAACGCCGACAUACUUAGAAUGCUUUUUGCUUCUUUGUCUACUAAAGAGAGCUCAAAGGCUGCAAAUCUAACAAAUAAUGUGGGGUGGUCUGCCUUGCUUGUUGCUUGCUACUAUGGCCAUCCAAGUAUUGUUCGUAUACUCUUAGAAAAUGAAGCAAGAGUGGAUUACUUUGACGAGAAUGGAAAAGCAGCACUGCAUCUAGCUUGCGAGAAUGGGCAUAUUUUAUGUGUGGAAAUGUUGAUGGAAAAAAAAGCAUUUGUAGAUGCAAAAACAAAGAUUGGAGAAACUCCUGUUAGUUUAGCUGCAGCUAAUGGUCAUAGUCAGCUUGUUGAAAUGCUUGUAAAAAAAUACCAUGCUUCAUAUAACAUUCAAUCUUUGACAAAACGCUCUGCACUACACAUGGCUUCAGAAAAUGGGCAUUUGCAUUCAUGCAGGACUUUGAUUCAAUUAGGUGCUGAUCCAAUGAUGAUUGAUAUGAAUCAGGCUGCAUCUAUACACCUUGCAGCUGAAAAUAAUCAUUCUGAUAUUGUCAAAAUGUUCUUAGAUGUACGACCUGAUUUAGCAAGUUUUAUUAACAAGGAUGGUAAUAACUGUGCCCAUAUAGCUGCAGCCAAAGGUAGUCUUGAAGUCAUAAAAUCCCUUAUAAAAGUAAAUAAUGCAAUGGCCUACUCUAAAAGUAAGUCUACCAUGAGGACACCAUUGCACUUAGCAGCAAUAGGUGAUCACAUUGAAGUUAUACAGCUGCUUAUAAAUCAAGGUGUUUCACUGUUAGAAGAAGACAAAGAUGGGUCAACUGCUCUUCAUCUUGCUGCACAGUAUGGUUCUCAAAAUGCUAUUGAGGCAUUUAAAGGAAGAAUUCCAUUCAAUUUUGCAAGCUCUAAAACAGGAAUGACUCCUCUUCAUGUUGCUGCAGAGUACAAUCAAUCUGGAUGUCUAGCUGAUCUUAUGUUAAAAAUACCACCAAGUGUCAUUAGUGAGUGUCCUGUUGGUAAAAAUCCAGCUAAAACUGAGUUUGGAUUCACAUGUUUACAUUUGGCAGCAAAAAAUGGGCAUGAGGUAACUGUUAGACUUCUUCUAAAUUCAGAUGGUGUUGUGUUUGACCACCGAACAUCUAAAAAGGGCCUAUUGCCAAUUCAUUUGGCAAUAAUAGAAGGUCAUGGAGUAGUGACAAGUCUACUGUUAAGUCGUUCAGCAGAACAAAUUAGUGCUAAAUGUGCUAUUGGAAGAUCAGCACUGCAUUUUGCAGCUGGUAACAACCAACUAAAGCUUGUGCAGCUUCUUAUUGGACAAGGUGCAGAAAUUGAUGACCAAGAUAAGAAAGGCUGGACACCUUUACAUUAUGCAGCUAAUGCAGGUUGUACAGAUAUUGUCAUAUUUCUAGUACAAAUGGGUGCAAAUGUUACAAUCGAAGAUAAAAAAGGUAAAUCACCCAUUACAUUUGCAGCAAAAAAACAACAUCUAGAGGUGAUGUCAUUUCUUAUGCUCAAUAAAUUUGAUGUUGGGAUUUUAUUAAAAGAUAAAAGCUUUUUAGAACAUUUAAUGAUCUGCUGCAAAUUAAGCAACAACAAGUCUGUACAAGAUUUCAUUUUAAAUUCACCAGCACCUAUUUAUACAGCAAUUCAAUUAACUUUGAUGUACCGAGAGGAAUCUUUGAGAAUCAAAGAUAAAAGUCAAGAUUAUAUAGAAAUGGCAGAUUUUUGUGAAAAUAUGACCUAUGAAAUUCUGCAUGUAGCAACAAGUUUCAAAUGUGAGGCACUACUCAAUGCUAUUGAUAAUGCAAAGCAGCCUCUUCUUGAUGUCAUGAUUGAUAAUAAAUUUAAGGAAUGUAUUGCUCACAGUAAUGUUCAAAGUUAUUUAUCUGAUCUCUGGAAAGGAAAUGGCAUGCCAAUUGAAGGUGCAUUUUCAAUUUUACUGGCUGUUAUUUGUUUCCUUUGUCCACCAAUUUGGUUUUUUCUUUGUCUUCCUUUUCAUCGUUGGAACAAGAUGCUAACCAUAAAAUUUAUUUGUCACAUUAUAUCUCAUCUCUACUUCAUAAUCAUAUUAUCUUUAGUUAUUGUUGUCCCAUGGAAUCGUUCAUAUUUAGAGACUUACCUUACCCAAUGGGAGUGGUUGCUUUUUUUGUGGCUUCUUGCAUUGUUUGUGAAUACUGUGACAGACUUAAAUUUUAAUCUGCUUAAGAUAUUGUUAUGUUUUAUAUCUGCUAUUGGAAUAUCUAUCCAUAUUCUGGCAUAUUUUUUCGAAAAUCAAAAUCGGGAAAACCUAAUGUAUGCGAGAGACAACGUUUUAGCUUUUGCUUUAUUUAUUUUGUUUAUUCAACUAUUUGAUUACCUUGCUAUGCACGAAAUAUUUGGUCCAUGGACGGUAAUGAUUGACAACCUGGUAAUGGACGUGUUAAAAUUCAUUGCUGUUCUUGUUUUGUUUGUCGUGGCUUUCACGUUACAAGUGUGCGCUAUAUAUAAACCAGUAUAUGGUAAAGCAUUAGUUUACAUUCCAACUGAAACAUUACCCUUUAAUGAUGAUAAACAUGAUUUUUUUGCAAUUUUUUUUAAUUUGUUUUUUGCUAUUUUUGGGCUUUCCCAAAAACCGUCGAAAAUUGAAGGAUCUCGACUUGAUAAAAGCCCUGCGGAGACGUUUGCACUUGCGACAUGUGUCUUUGCAAUUUAUUUGACAGGAGCUAUAGUUAUACUUUUGAAUUUAUUAAUUGCAAUGAUGGGAAAUACUUACGAAAAAGUUGAUGAGCGAUCAUCGAUUGAAUGGAAAUACUUACGAGGAAAAGUUAUUUGGUCAAUGACUAAAAUACAAUCAACACCUAACCCCGUUAACAUCAUAACUACCUUCUUAAUAGUUUUAAAAGUUGCAAUCACUACAAUGUGUUGUUGUUGUCGAGUCAAUGUUUCGUAUUUUUAUAAGGAAAUGAGCUUCCAAGAGUUCACCGGCAUGAAAAAAACUGUCAAUAAAGUAAACGAAGAAGUAGAUGACACACUCAUUGAGAAUGCGAUUCCGUGGAAUAAAGCGCGAGAGGAGCUUUAUAUCAUUUUGAACUGCCGUCCGACAACUCUUAGCGAAUAUUAUGAAAGAAUAAUGUAAUCUUAUAUUAAAUUAAAAAUGUUUUUUACACCAUAAAAAACCACCAUGGAUUUGUAUGGUGCAAUAAAGUAAAGUUACUUAAAGUUACGUAAAAUUGCUUAAACAUCGUGAUGCCACAAUCCCAAACAUAAGGUGUUAAUAAAGAUACUUUUUUGUAGAUUUAUGCAAAAUUAUAAGAAAAUAUUUCUUUCAAAA